UAUAGCCUAUUUAAAUAUCAAGUUUUUUUAUUUAAACUUAUUAAUAGACCUACUACCUUCCAACAGUUUAUUAAUGAAAUCUUAAUAAAGUACUUAGAUAAGUUUGUAACGGUUUAUAUUAAUAAUAUAUUAAUUUAUAGUAAUAAUAUAGUUAAGUAUAAACUACAUAUAUAUUUAAUACUUAAAAAGUUAUAA